AGUUUAAUAAGGUUUCCAACAAAGUCGUGUUUGAUAUUUGCUGGAAAUUAUUUAAAUUUUUUGUGGGUGUUUAAGUCCAAUAAUCCUUAUUUGAGAGAAACAAAAAAACCUUAAUAAUUUUGAAUAACCAUACCCAUUUAUACUGAAAUGUGCGAAUUUAAUAUGCUAGAUCUUUGCCUGAGUGGGGAGGCGAAAGAGCAGCGGCUGCACAGCAGAAUAUUGGACAGACUUUUAAAGGAAUCAAAACGCAUGGAAAAACAUGAAAUCAAGUUGCUUUUGCUGGGAACCGGUGAAUCGGGAAAAUCGACCUUUAUUCGGCAAAUGCGUAUUAUCUACGACAAUGGAUACCCUGUUAAAGAAAGGCUGGAAUAUGUUAAACCCAUUAUACAAAACAUUGCAACCUCAGUGCAGGCUAUGAUAAAGGCCAUGGAGGAGCUGAAUAUUAAAUAUGAGCAUGAAGAAAGUCAACGCCAUGCUGAGUUGUUUAUGAAGCUCAAUUGCAAUGACCUCACCCGCUUACCUGAUAUCUUCUUGGGCGCGAUCAACAGUUUGUGGCAAGACGCCGGAAUUCAGGAAUGCUAUCGGCGACGUAAUGAAUAUCAACUAACCGAUUCCAUAAAAUACUAUUUGACACAUAUCAAUCGCAUCGGGGGCCAUGAAUACCUGCCCACUGAAGACGACAUUCUGCAUGUGCGUGUGCCAACCACAGGUCUUGUCGAAUAUCCGUUCAAAAUUCAAAACAUUACAUUUCGUAUGAUCGAUGUCGGAGGUCAGCGCUCGCAACGCCGCAAAUGGAUGCACUGUUUCGACAAUGCCAAAGUGAUUAUUUUUCUGGUCGCCAUCUCCGAAUAUGAUCAAGUUUUGAGGGAGUUGGAACAGACAAAUCGCCUCAUCGAGGCUAGGAAUGUGUUUCAGUCGAUUGCCAAUUACGAGUGGUUCAAAGAUGAUACUUCAAUCGUGAUGUUUUUCAAUAAAACCGAUCUGCUGGAGGAGAAAUUGAGAUAUUCCGAUUUAGCAGCAUAUUUCCCAGACUACACAGGACCCAAAAAUGACUACUUAGCAGCAAGGGAUUUUAUACGAGCAAUGUUUUUGUCGGUUACCGAUAGAACGAACAUCUAUAAACACUUUACUUGUGCCACAGAUACCAAGAAUAUCGAAGUCGUAUUUGCGGUUGUUCGUGACACCAUUUUAGAACAUCACUUGAAAGGAGCCUUGGUGUAAUACUUCAUCGCUUUGCAUUGCUUUUAACGCAAAAAUAACCAACAAAUAUAAAUAUUCGAAGAAAUAUAAA